AUGCUCUCCCGAUCGAUCGCCGCUCUUCUUUCCCUGACGGCAGCCGCCUCGGCGAGCGUCAUUCCUCGUGCCAACAGCACCUGCGCGGACCCCGUCGUCCGCAAAGAGUGGCGCGAGCUCACCGGCGCCGAAAAGGCCGAGUACCUCCGCGCCGCUGUCUGCCUCCGCAACCUCCCCAAGGCUAAGUACGAGUUUGUCGACGCCGUGACGACGCGCAUGGACGACCUCGUCUUCACCCACUUUAGCCUCAACACGGACAUCCACUUUGUGGCCAACUUUCUCCCAUGGCACCGCUGGUACGUGCAGCUGCACGAGGACCUGCUGCGCACCGAGUGCGGCUUCGCCGGCGCGCAGCCGUACUGGGACUGGAGCAUUGACGGCGACGCCGUGAACACGCCCAACUCGCCCGUCUUUGACGCCGAGACGGGCUUCGGCGGCAACGGCGUGCGCACGGGGAGCACCGAGCCCGGCUUCGAGCGCUGCGUCGUCGACGGGCCCUUUGCCCACACGAACCUGACCCUCGCCAUGGGCUGGCCCAACAUGAACGACCCAGGCGACCGGCCGCACUGCUUCACGCGCGAGUUCAACAAUGCCUCGGGCAGGGACGAGAACGGCGAGAUGAUCAUUGGCGACAUGCAGGCUGCUGCCUACAACUCCAAAGUCAUGAACACCAUCUAUGGCUUUGACACGUACGCCGCCAUGAGCAACAUGCUCGAGGGGCUGCCGCACGCGCAGAUCCACAGCAUCAUCUUUGGUGACAUGGGUCCCGCGACCUCGCCCAACGAGCCGCUCUUCUUCCUGCACCACGCCAACGUCGACCGUGCCUGGGCCAAGUGGCAGGGCCGUAACGCCACGCGUCUGGCGGAUUACGCCGGCUUCAACGACCCCAACAGGGUCAUCUCGGCCUCUUUGGACGACACGAUGCCGGUCAUGCGGCUUGCCGACGAGGAGCCCAUUGUGCGCGACUUCAUGGAUACCCAGGCCGGGCCCCUGUGCUACACGUACUCGGCAUCAACGUAA